AUGGAGAAUUUCACAUCUCCCAACAACACUCUUGGUCCUUGGACUGACCGCAGUACCGCAUACAAGGUGAUCAGUGCUUUCCUGGUUCUCGCCAUUUGCGCUCUAGGAAUCAUUGGCAACGUGAUGGUGGUCCUGGUGGUCCUCACCACCAAGCACAUGCGCACACCCACCAACUGCUACCUGGUAAGCUUAGCCGCCGCCGACCUCAUGGUGCUGGUGACCGCCGGCCUGCCCAGUGUAGCGGACAGCCUCUACGGCUCAUGGCUUUUUGGCCACGCCGGCUGCCUGUGCAUCACCUACUUCCAGUACCUGGGCAUCAAUGCGUCCUCCUGCUCCAUUGCAGCCUUCACCGUGGAGAGGUACAUCGCCAUAUGCCACCCAAUCCGCGCCCAGUCCCUGUGCACAUACACUCGGGCCAAGAGGAUCAUCCUGGGCGUGUGGCUGACCACCUCGCUCUACUGCGUCAUGUGGUUUUACCUGGCUGACACGGAGGAGCUGGUGUACGAGGACGCGAUCGUGGUGGCCUGCGCCUACAAAGUGUCCCGGAACCUUUACUUGCCCAUUUACUUUUUCGAUUUUGGUGUCUUCUUCGUCCUGCCCCUUGUGCUGUCCACUGUGCUGUACGGGUUCAUCGCCAGGAUUCUCUUUCUGAACCCUCUGCCCAAAGGGAAAAGCAAGAAUGGACACGAUGGCCUUUCUGCUGGGAGCAAGAUGAACGGCCUCAAAAGUUCAAGCCAGUGCUCAAGUACAACAGCAGCAUCCCGAAGGCAGGUGACCAAGAUGCUGGCAGUGGUGGUCAUCCUCUUCGCAGUGCUGUGGAUGCCCUACCGCACCCUGGUGGUGGUCAACUCUUUCCUCCAGGAGGCCUACCUGGACGCCUGGUUCCUGCUCUUCUGCCGCACCUGCGUCUACCUGAACAGCGCUGUGAACCCCGUCAUCUACAACGCCAUGUCUCAGAAGUUCCGCGCCGCCUUCCGAAGGCUCUGCAGCUGCGGUCCACGGGCUCAGGCCAAGCAGGCAGCCUACAGCGUGGCGCUCACCUACAGUGUUGCUAAGGAGACGUCUAUGAUCGAGAGCACAGAGCACUUCUCAACGGAGAUGGACGAUCUGACAGAAGGACCAGAUGAUCUAACAGAAGAGCCCAUGGCUAACUAG